AUGUCACCCUCAAGCAUUCCCACGGUCCUAAACUUCAUAACGGGCAACAAGAACAAGCUCGCCGAAGUCCAAGCAAUUCUUUCUGGUGUCAUCGAGCUGCGGAAUCAAAACGUCGAUCUAGUCGAGAUCCAAGGCACCGUUGAAGAAGUCACAAAAGAUAAGGCACGCAGAGCAGCCGAAGCGAUUCAAGGUCCUGUCUUAGUAGAAGACACAUGUCUCUGCUUCAAAGCUAUGAACGAUCUUCCGGGACCGUAUAUUAAAUGGUUCAUGCUCUCCCUUGGCGCCUCCAACCUCCACAAAAUGCUCUCCGGCUUUGACGACAAGUCCGCCCAAGCCGUAUGCACAUUCGGAUACUGCGAGGGACCAGGCCACGAAGCGAUUCUCUUCCAAGGACGCACAGAUGGGAAGUUGGUAGAAAGCCGGGGUCCAACUGUUUUCGGUUGGGACUCGUGCUUCGAGUACGAAGGCCAGACGUAUGCUGAGAUGGAAAAGAGCGAGAAGAAUAAGAUUAGCCAUCGGGCUAAGGCACUGGACAAGUUGAAGGAGUGGCUGGCGAGCAAGAAAACUGAGGCGUAG